AGGACCAGAUUCGGCGCAAUUGUCCCGCCUACAUGGGACGGGGCUUCUUCUACUUCAGCGAAGAGUCAUUGGGAUUGCUGGUCCUAUCAUGGGUGACCCGCAAAGACUUCGACCCCAUAAUACAUCGCGAGAUGAACUACAGGAUCCGCUGGUUGGUGGACACCGGAAUGGUGCAGCUGUUCAUGCGCGACGUGUCCCCAGGACCCACUGCGUGUUGGCUGCAACAAGGUCAAAAAAGCGACAUGGACGGGCGCAUGCUGGGAUUCGAGGACCUCGAGUCCGUGUUUGUCCUGUACACGCUGCUACUGCAGUUUGCACUCGCUGCCUUCAUCAUCGAGUGUCUUAGUGCUGCCUACGCCAGAGGCUGUGGUCGGUUCUGCCACGCUGUGAAACGCAGACGUUUCUAGCUUUCUUUAUCGCUCGGCGCUGUCGAAGUUGUAAACGCUCGGCUGGCAUGGACGAUGCGUUAUUACGUUUGCACUGCUGCGGCAGUGCGUCAGACAGAAGGUAAAAAGCUACGGACAGUUGACUCUGUAGCGUAGUUUGUUAAAAAUUUCGGUUUAUGUUUAGGUGCCGUCUAGAUUGUGCGCAUUAAUAAGCAGCUGAACAUAAUAUAAUGCCUAGAAAACACUAAGGCAAUCUCGCAAACAACUUUUACGCAA